AUGGGAGGAUCCCAACAGGUCCCAAAAGAUACUGUUCGAGCUCAUAUUCAUCCAACCGUGAAAAAGAUUGAACCAAACGCAUUCUCAGAUUGCAAAGAGUUGCGGUUUGUCGAGUUUUCCGACGGCCUAGAAGUGAUUGGCCAUCGUGCAUUCUAUCGCUGUGCACAGUUGGCCUUCGUUCGGCUCUCGAGUACCACGAAAAAAAUCGAGACGGGGGCGUUUCGUUCGUGCAAGAAGCUGAAGCACGUACUCUUCAACGACGGACUCGAGGAACUUGGAACUUCGGCCUUUGCCGAGUGUAAAGCGCUUCAAUACCUCGCAUUUUCAUCAACAAUUCAACUAGUGGGACAGGGCGCAUUUCUAGGCUGUAGCGGACUGGAAAAGGUAGCAUUCAAUCUGGGACUUGAAAAAGUCGAAAGUGGCGCAUUCUCGAAUUGUCGGAAACUGAAAUUCGUGUACAUGCCAUCAGAAGUAUGCUUUCUCUUGUCCGAUGCUGUACCAGACGAAGUCAUUAUAGAGAAUACUAGAAAUGAAAAGUUCUGGACCAAGGUUGCGGUAGCCGCUGAAGAAGUGGAAGCUGAUCUUGUGGAACAGUAUAGAACAGUGGAAUCUUCGGAAGGCGGCCCACCAGAGAACGAUACAUCAGAUCUAGUGCAUGCAUCAGAGCUCGCGGAGGCAAGGAAAGAAAUUGACAUGCUAAAAGGACUUUUGAAUGAUAUGAAGAGAAAAGCCAAAACGACCGAGGAAGACCUUGAGUCCGCUGCCAAGGAUAAAGAUUCGCUCGUUGAGGAAAUAAAAAAGGGAAGGGUCCAACUUGAAGGUGCACUGUCGCUCGCAGAGGAGCUACAAGAAGAGCUCACAUUUGUGGACGAACAAAGACAGGCGACACAAGAGCUACUUGAAAAAGCUUUGGACCAACGUGACGAAUUAGCCGAAGCAAAGAACAUGCUAGAACUUGACCAGCCAAACAUGGUUGAUGUCAAAGACUUCGAAGAGCACAUUGAUUUUAUUGAGGCUCAGGCUGAAGAGACACGAAAAGAAUUCGAGAAGACGGCAAGAGAAUGCGCAAUCCUUCAAAAAGAAAACACCGCGCUGAAAAAGAAGAAUAAACAGCUGGAGCAGGUCAUGCAACUGAGAAACAAGGAGUAUAUGGACUUGCUUUCACGACACGUCGAAGCAAAACUCAAUAGUAUGGAAGCUGCUCCUGAACAAGUUUUGGCAGCGGUGCAAUCGCCAAAGACACCAUCGAAAAAGAAGAAAGCCGUGAAUGCGGUGAAAUCAUCACAAACUCCGUCUAAGAAGAAGAAAGCGUCAAAAAAGAAGCGACCCAGUUUGUCACCAAGGGCUACAAAAGAGCCUUCUGAUGAUUCAGUCAAGAGUAAAAAGGCCACGGUGGGCAUCCCAGCACCGGAACUAGUUGAAAUUGUAAAACAGCCUUCUGCUGAUUCUGGCAAGAUCGAGAAGGCAACGACCGGUAAUUCAACAGUGCAUAUAACUGAAAUUGGAAAAGAGCCUUUGGAUGAUUCUGGCAAGAACAAGGAUUCCAUGAUCCCACUGCCGGAUCAAAUGCAGACACCAUCAGAUCCAGUAGGAGAGCUAUCGGAUGGCGCACUCUCUGAAUCUGAAUUUGGUUCCGAGCAUGAUAUCCUGGACGAUUUGGAACCUGUAGCUGUCAUAUCAGAAAACGUGGAACCAGAUGAUGACUGGGAAGCUUCGUCACACCAAUCCUCGUGCCAUGAGAGUAUUGACUGGCUAGGAAAAAGUCACGGGGUCAUAAUUUCAGCAGACGGCGCCGAUGAUAGCGGUGGCAACGAUCUUUUCGGACAAUAG